CUCACCCGGAAGUGGCUCCAUGGCCGCGUCCCUUCGCCUGUCUGGCCUCUGCGUCCCCUUAGCGGCCGCCUAGCGAUGCUCUGCGCCCUCCGCCUCCCGCGCUCCAAGCCUCGGGGCUCCUGGGCCUCGCUCCUCCGCGCGGGCCAGGCCCGGGAACGGAAGGGCCUCGCCAGCCACGCCAUGAUGCCGGUGCCCUUGUCCUACACGGUGUACGAUGGUCCGUCGCCACAGCCACCGCUCGUCUUCUUACAUGGCCUUUUCGGCAGCAAAUCCAACUUCGCGUCUCUGGCCAAAAAGCUGGUGCUCCUAACUGGGCGCAAGGUGCUGACGGUGGAUGCCCGUAACCAUGGCGACAGCCCCCACAGCCCGCUCAUGACCUACGAAGCGAUGAGCGGCGACGUCCACCUCCUCCUCCGGCAGCUCCGUCUCAGCAGAUGUGUCUUGAUCGGGCACAGCAUGGGCGGCAAGACAGCCAUGGUGCUCACGCUGAAAUGGCCAGAGCUGGUGGAGCGCCUGGUGUGUGUUGAUAUCAGCCCCAGCGAGACGACAGCCGUCACCAGCUUUCACAACUUCAUUGCUGCCAUGAAGGUGGUGGACAUCCCCAGGGGCAUCCCUCGUUCCACCGCGCGCCGCCUGGCCGAAGACCAGCUGCGGCCAACCAUUCAGGAGCCAACUAUCCGCCAGUUUCUGCUUACCAACCUGGUGUACGCCGAGGACAGGUUCGUGUGGCGCGUGAACCUCGACGCCAUUUCCCAGCACCUGAACGAACUCCUGGGCUUCCCUGAUUUCCAGGCACCCUACCUGGGGCCGGCACUUUUCCUCGGGGGCUCCAAGUCCGGCUAUAUCAGCUCUGACGACUACCCUGAGAUCGAACGGCUCUUCCCGGAAGCAGAGAUCCAGUACGUUCCCGACGCAGGGCACUGGGUUCACGCGGAUCAGCCCCACCAAUUCACUGCUGCCAUUUGCAGCUUCCUCGAGCGCCCUCCGCCGUAGCGUCUCCAGACGAACCCUCACAAACCGGCAUCCCAGAACAGGAAAGGCAGGAGGGUCUCCUGGCCGAUCAAAACGCUUCCUGCCGGGCAGCCUGUGAUGUUCUUCGGGUAGCUGCAGUGCUCCAGGCCUGGCUCCCCCCCUCCUCUGCCAGGAGCUGACUAAUGGUCUGUUCUCCGCCACUACCUGUGGAAAUCCUGAAAACACAAUCCCGUCAUGGCGGGAAGGUCGCUCACUCCACGUUCCUUGUUCUCUGUACAGUAUUUAACAUUAAAUAAAACAGC